AACAUAAACAAAACAAAAACAAAAACAUCUGAAGUUGCAAAUAUGGCGCCCUCCACGAAAUUUAGUCCAUGCGUAGAAGAUGUUUAGUACUCAUGAUCGUUUGAAACAGCGAACCGGGAAGAAAGGCAGCGGCCGUUUGGAAUAUUUGCAGGAGCUAGUUACGGAGUUUCAGGACACGUCCAGUAUUGAAGCUAAACACCAAGUUCUUGCUAAUUUAGCAAACUUUGCAUACGAUCCAAUUAAUUACGAGUUCUUAAGAAGUCUGAAAGUAAUUGAUUUAUUCCUAGACCAAAUUACUGAUUCUGAUGACAAUUUGCAACGAUUUGCUAUUUGCGGAUUAUGCAAUUUGUGCCCAGAUCCUGAGAACAAAGAAUAUAUCAUCCAUAAUAAUGGAAUUGAAGCUGUAGCUGCGUGUCUGUCAUCUCCAAAUGAACAAACAGUGUUAUCAGCUAUUACAACUCUUAUGUUUCUGAUUACCCCGGAGUCCAAGCCUUCAAUUACGUCUGUGGAGAUUAUCGAGUGCAUGCUUCGGUUUUCGUCUAGUGCCAACCCACGCCUACGCAACUUGGCCAAUGUAUUCUUGGAGGACUACUGUACCCCGCUGCAGGUGACCGAGGUGCGCAAGCAGGUCGAGGUUGCACGCAUACCUCUCCCGACAUCGUCAACCCCGCCGUCUUCAUCCACGUCGUGAAAUUUGUGCCCGCUUUCCCGAUGCCGCGGCCUCGCCCACAGCGCGGUUCUGAGGCGCCCACAGCGGCUGCAGCACGGCCAGGCUCCGAAGAGUACGGCGGUGAGGCCGCGGACGUCUCUGAAACCCGGGGAGCGUGCGUCAGCCACCCGCCGCAUCACGGAGGCGGACCUCCGCAUGUUCGGCGCCCUCAGCGGUGAUGAGAACCCCGUCCACUUCCGGGGUGUGCCGUCGGGUGCUUCGGACGAGGGCUCGCGUGUCCUUGUGCACGGCGCGUUCCUCAACGCGCUGGCGGCGGGCGUCAUCGGCUCCCAACUGCCCGGGCCCGGUAGCAUCGUGGUGGGGCAGAACUUGCGCUUUCCACGGCCGUGCCUUGUUGGUCAAGAGGUUCUCACCGUGGUAGAGGUCAAAGACGUGCGCAAGAUUGUUGAAGUGACAUUCCAGUGUAUAGUGGACGCGGACACGGAGGAGCCGAAGGUGGUCCUGGAAGGCAACGCUCGGCUUAUCAUGGCGGACAUGUCCAGCGAGGAGGUGGACAGCGCAGUCGGUGGUGACGUUAAUCCAAAGCCAAAUUAGUUGAAUAGUAAGAGGUGUUAUUAAAGUGAUUACAGCAAUUUUUACAAA